GUAUUAAAAUGUUUAGUUUGUAGUGAUAAAUCAUCAGGAGUCCAUUAUGGGGUGUUAGCUUGUGAAGGAUGUAAGGGAUUUUUUCGAAGAGCUUUACAGAAUGUCGGUGAUCCAGCUAGAAAGAAAUGUUUCUACAACAAGAAUUGUGAAAUUAAUUUACAAACUAGAAAUAGAUGUCAAUAUUGUCGAUUACAGAAAUGUUUAGCUCUAGGCAUGUCUAGA